AAUAUAACAGGAGGUACCUCUGUAACUUAGCUGACUAUUAGCUGCUAGUAUAGGGGCCUCACCAUGGACCUGCACAAAGCAGCUUUCCUCCUGGGAGCCCUGAUCUGCACUGUGAGUGGUACUGAGGUGGAUGGCUACGCCAAAACUGAAGGGGCAUGGAUCCUCUCGCUGAACAAACGCCAGUAUUCAGUAAACACUGCGGCCCAGUGUGCCGAAAAAUGUAACAGUGAAACAUCUUUCACAUGCAAGUCAUUCAUGUAUAUUGAAAAGGAUCAAGAGUGUUGGACAGCAGCAGCAAACUCUAAAACAGAGACGAUGCUGCGCAGAACCAGCGCAGGUUUAUAUGAAAAAAAAGAAUACCUCCUGGAGUGUGUGCAUGGAUUAGGAACAGAUUACAGAGGGACAAAGUCCAAAACAAAAACAGGAAAGACAUGUCAGAGCUGGGAAUCAAAAUACCCACACAGGCCAAAUAUCACACCGCAGUCCCACCCCCUAGCAGACCUGGACUCAAACUUCUGCAGGAACCCUGAUGGAGACAGUGGGGGACCCUGGUGCUACACCACCGACCCCAACACCCGCUGGGAACACUGUAAUGUACCCAGCUGCACUGAGGAGUGUAUACACUGCAGUGGUGAGAACUACAGAGGAAAAAUCUUCACCACUGAAAGCGGCUUCACCUGCCAACGCUGGGACUCCCAGAAACCUCACAACCACGGCUACAUCCCCAGCGCUCUCCCGGAGAAGUAUCUUGAAGAGAACUACUGCAGAAACCCUGAUGGAGACCCCCGACCUUGGUGCUUCACCACCAGCCCAUCCAAAAGAUGGGACUUCUGCUCCAUUCCACGCUGCACAUCCGAGCCUCCCACCAUCGUCCCAGAGCUGACCUGUGCCACUGGUGAAGGCGGUGCGUACCGAGGAACAGUUGCUGUGACAGAGACUGGCAAAACUUGCCAGAGCUGGUCGGCUCAGACACCUCACAAACACAACCGCACCCCAGAUAACUACCCCUGCAAAGGCCUAGAUAACAACUACUGUCGUAACCCUGACAACGAGCGGAUGCCCUGGUGUUACACCACUGACCCUGAAACUCGCUGGGAGUACUGCACGGUGCCGAGCUGUGGGAAUGCACCUAGACCAGAUGAUCCUAUGAUCCCCCCAGAAGAGGAAGACUGUUAUGAGGGGGAUGGGUCAAACUACCGUGGCAUAACAUCAGUGACCAUCAGCGGGAAAAAAUGUCAAAUCUGGAGCUCCAUGAGUCCUCAUAGCCAUCGAAAAACUCCACAGAACCACCCCACAGCGGACCUCAGGAGGAAUCUUUGCAGGAACCCAGAUGGAGACCGAGCUCCCUGGUGUUACACUACAGAUCCCAGCGUCCGCUGGGAGUACUGCAACUUGGAGAAAUGCCCCACCAAUGCUUCAGGAAUACCAUCUGCUGUACCAAACCCCAGGCCCCCCUCCACCGCCACCCAGACCCCACCAGUGAAAGACUGCAAAGUUGGAAAUGGAGAAACAUACCGGGGUCCAACCUCCAUCACCAUUCUGGGUGUGACCUGCCAGGCCUGGAGCGCUCAGAAUCCUCACCAGCACAACAGCUUUACCCCACAAACUCACCCUACCAAGGGCCUGGAUGGAAAUAGCUGCAGAAACCCAGAUAACGAUGUGAACGGACCGUGGUGCUACACUACUGACAGGAACAAGAAAUGGGACUACUGUCAGAUCCCUGACUGUGCGGGAUUGAAUUGUGGGACGCCGGUUACCAAACCAAAGCGUUGUUUCGGUCGUAUUGUUGGAGGCUGCGUGUCCAAAGCUCACUCAUGGCCCUGGCAAAUCAGCCUCCGGACUAAUACGGGAGUCCAUUUCUGUGGAGGAACUCUCAUUCACCCUCAGUGGGUCCUCACUGCUGCACACUGCCUGGAGAGGUCUAAGCGGCCCUCAGCCUACCAGAUUCUGCUGGGCAUCCACACAGAGAGAGCCACUGAGAUGUCCAAGCAGGAAAGGAGACUGGAAAAACUGGUGCUGGGACCCAACAGGGCUGACAUCGCUCUGCUCAAACUGGAGAGCCCUGCACUGAUAAAUGACAAAGUCCUGCCAGCUUGUCUGCCAGAGAGGGACUUUAUUGUUGCCAGUGGAACAGAGUGUUAUGUUACCGGAUGGGGAGAAACGCAAGGUACGGGAGGUGACGGCACCCUGAAGGAAGCUGGUUUCCCUGUGAUCGAGAACAAGAUCUGUAACCGUCCGUCCUAUCUGAACGGCAGAGUGAGAGACCACGAGAUGUGCGCUGGAAACAUCGAGGGAGGAACAGACAGCUGCCAGGGUGACAGCGGUGGUCCUCUGGUGUGUAAUGCUCAGAACAGGUAUAUCCUGCAGGGCGUCACGUCCUGGGGUUUGGGAUGCGCCAAUGCCAUGAAACCUGGCGUCUACGCUCGAGUCUCCAAGUUUGUCGACUGGAUCGAGAAAACCAUUAAAGCCAAUUAAAAACGAUCCGCCUCGAAAACAAACAGCUUCAAACGUGACAAGUCACGGAAAGUGGUUCAUUUUGCUUUAGAUAUAUUAACAUGUAUAUACUGUUCCAACGUCACUACUUAAGUUUGCUGUCUGCCGUUAUCUGAUGUUAACGAUGUGCUCCUCUGUAAAACAGUGAAUUCAGAGCACGAUGAGCCGAGCAUAUUCCUGGUUUCAGGAUGUAAAAGUGUGUUUUCUGUAAGAGCUGAAGAAUAAAACUUGAUACAAAGGAAA